AUGUCUGAUGAAGCUGAUAUGUCUCCUGUGAUUCUGACCUCUGUUGUACCUAAAAUUACUGAUCUGCCUGUUUACCUGAUGUCUAAAACAUCUCAGAUAAAUCAGGAAAAAUCUAGGUUUUCUGAUGCUGCCUCUAGCGCAACCCGCAAGCCUCCUGCAAUGUGGACAAAAGCGGAGGAAGGUGCCUUUCUGGACUUCCUGCUGCUUGCCAUACCUUCAUCUGGAGAUGGAGGCUUCAAGAUGCCUGCCUUUAAUCAGGCAUCUGCCAAUCUCAAAUUCAAAUUCCCACAUCAGAGAGGUGCAGGAAAGAGUGGUCUAGUUUGCAAGACCAAAUGGCAAGUGGUAUGUUUCUAUUAA